AUCUGGAUGAUCGAGUGUCACGUUAUAGUUCAAGUUUACAUUUAGCAGUGUCUUAUCUUUUACGUUAUUAAAAUGGUACAAGUCGUACGGAUUUUAGCGUUCAUUGGCGCUAUUACCGGUACUGCUUCCACAUUCUUGAACUACCCACAUCAUUUAAACCGGUUAUUUGGUGUUAACGAUGAACCAGACACCGAACAAUCAAAAGAAAACCGCUCGCUUUGCGAUAGUAAACAAUGCCAAGAACUCGCUAAAAUAUUAAUGGAAGGCAUGGACGAAUCUGUGGACCCGUGCGAAAACUUUUACGAGUACGCGUGUGGAAAUUGGAAAGUACACAAUCCACUUCCUAAAAAUGAGAAAAUUUGGAACUUGAUGAAGAAAACUCAAAGCAUCGUUGACAAACGCCUUUUAGACAUAAUAGAACAAGAUCCAAGCCCUGAUGAUUUCUUAGGCCUGAGACUUACCAAACGAGCAUACAAGGCUUGCAUGAAUGCAGAUGAAUUAGACAAGAAUGGACUUCAAGGAAUCGUGUUCACCUUGGCGAGAGCAGGUGGUUGGCCAUUGAUAAUGGAAGAAGAUGAAUGGGACGAGCAGAUAUAUAAAUGGCAACAAGUGGACGAUUAUUAUGCGCGUUUAAUAGGAUUAAACAGUUUGCAUGACCUCAGCGUCGACCUGCUUGAUUGGGAAAACAUGAAGGGCACAUACUUGCGUGUGAAUAACCCGCACUAUCCGAUGAGAGCGUACAGACUCGUGGGUUACGAUGAAGACGACAUGGACGACAGCGACGAAAACAACGAAAGUGGAGAAGGCAGUCAGGAACGAGGCAGCGAGGAAGAACCUAACAGCGAAGAGAUCGAAGUCGAGGACGAGGAUGAUAAAUAUCAGAAACAACUGCAGAGAAGAGCAAACAAAAGGACCAGUGUUCAUCGAGGCAAGACGAAAGCGAGGAAGAGUACCGUGAGAAGAACUGCUCACAGUGUUCGUCAAAGCAAGGCGAAGUCGAGAGAAAGAUCGCCGAAACGUAUGCAAAGGUCUUUGGCUGUCGACAAGUCUCUGAGGAAGAGUAUCGUGAGAAGUAAACGGAGACACGAAGUUGCAAAUGAUGACAUGUAUUUUGACGAUGUGACGUAUAACGCGAGUAACGACGAUGAUGAAGAGAACGAAGAAGACAAUGAAGAGGACGAAGAAAAUGGUAGUGGUAGUGGCGGUUACAAUGAUGAUGAUGAUGAACAGUACAAAGAAAAUGGUAGUGGUAGUGGCGAUUACAAUGAUGAUGACGAAGAGGACGAAGAAAAUGGUAGUGGUAGUGGCGGUUACUAUGAUGAUGAAUAUUAUGAAAGAAAAAGAAAAGAGAAACAGGAACGAGAACGAUUGAAGAAAGAAUACGCAGAAUACAUAUUAAAUGUUAGCUUGGCGCUUACUGAAGCCACAGGAGUCUCGAUACCGAAAGAGAAGCUCGAGGAAGAUAUUGGCGACUUGAUUAACUUUCAGAUAAGCCUCAUAAAGCUAAUAUACAAGGACGACCAAGGACAGAACUCCACACUUCGGUCGUUACAAAAGCUAUACGACGAUUUAAAACCUACUACGAGCAACGGCAAAAUCGAUUGGAUCAAGAAAGUACAAGAUUUGUUCGCCACAGGAGGAAUGGAAAUUGAUGACAAUGUGAAAAUAUUGAUUCCAUCUAACGGUUAUAUCAAGGGUUUUCGGAAGCUAUUGGACAGAACACCUAGCAGAACAAUCGUGAAUUAUAUACAUUGGAACUUUCUGAGCAGAGUAAUACAAGUUACUACGAAGGAAAUGAAGGAUCUGUAUAAUAAUUGGUCACAGAAGGAAAAAGAUCCCAACACGAGAUCAACUGAGUGUAUCGAAGAGAUAGAUGCGAAAUACUAUUUGGGAUACGAGUAUAUAAAACGCCAUUUUCCUGAUGAAAUUAGGAAAACGGCGUUGGACAUGAUCGAUGAUAUCGAAAAGGAAGUCGAGUAUCAGAUCGAAGAAGCAACUUGGAUGAACAAUGACGCCAGACAUUUUGUUUUAGACAAAUUGAUGUUCAUGAAGAAAAUGAUCGGUUAUCCGAAGCAGUAUCGAAACAGUACCGUCAUGGAAACUUAUUUCCGAGGACUCAGCAUUACUCCGUCGCGUUUCGAAAACUUUUUAAGCGUUAAGAGAUAUACCAAGCAACAGAAACUAAAACUAUACUACUCCAUGGAAGAGUUUACUCUAUCAGAGUUCUCAUUGUUGAAUCCCUUGGUCGUGAAUGCCUUCUUUGUACCCUUCAUGAAUACCAUUGAAAUAACAGCGGCAGAUUUGCAAAACCCAUUGUUUGAAUUCCACCAUCCAUGGUAUAGCAACUUUGGUUUUAUAGGAUACGUCAUGGCCCACGAAGUGAAUCACGGAUUCGAUAGUGGGGGUAUCGUGUUUGACAAAGAAGGUAAUUUUAUGAGAUUACCAGAUCCAAUGCAAGAGGAAUAUGAAAAACGAGCAGAGUGUUUUGUAGCUCAAUAUACUAAAUACAGUAUGGAGGAAAAUAGAACAGCAAAUAUUCCUUCAAUGACUUAUGGCAAUAGAACUCAAGAAGAAAAUAUUGCGGAUUCGAUGGGCCUGCAAGCUGCUUUUAAAGCUUACCAACGAAGGCAAAGAAAAUGUGCGAGCCCGGAUCCCAUGUUGCCAGGAUUACAGAAUUUUACCAAUGAACAAGUUUUCUUUUUAUCGUUCGCCAACAUAUGGUGCGAAGAUAUUGAUCUAGAAAAAGUCAAGGAACAAUUAAUGAAGGACCGGCACAGUUUGGGACCAUUAAGAGUAAUUGGGUCUGUAUCUAAUUCUGAGGAUUUCUCCAAAGCUUACAAUUGCCCUAAAGGCAGUCCCAUGAACCCCAUAAAGAAAUGUAACAUAUGGAAAUAGAAAUAAUUUUAAUACAAUUUGUACCACUCAAAUGCAGUAAUUGUAUAUCAAUAAAAAAAUAAAAUAUAUAUUAAUUUGGUGUCUGUAUCAUAUCUCAUCAUGUUAAAUUAAAAUUCUGUACUGUA